CACCUAGUCAUGAUGGUCAAUGGGACUUUUGUGCCUAUUGGCGACCGCUUGCACCAUGUUACGCGCUUAUGCCUGCAAAUUUCUGACUAAUAUGGGGCUUCCUACUAUCGAUAGAACUGCCAUAACACUCACAGUAUAGUUUUGGGCACUUCAAGUUUACAUCAUUUGUUUUAAACUGACUGCAGUAAGCACAGAAAUUCAGUGUAGGAAAUGGCGCAAGGAAGCUUGCAGCGUGGCUCCGCGAAGCCUUUUGCUAGCAUCCUCUUACACUAUACCGUCUUUAUGAUUAUACUGGCUGCGGAACUUUGCUCGCGGUGCAGCUGCGCCCAGUCGGUCUCGACAGUAGUGACCGACGAGGUCGGCCUGUUCAAAGCCUUCUUAAACAGCACUGUUACGCGCAUCGUAAUUCCGCAAAACAUGAAGUUACAGCAGGAGUUUUGGGCCAAUACGUGGGACGUGGUAAAUGUGACUCGCGACUUGCUUGUUGAAGGCCCGACCAGCAACUGGACAUCUUUUCCUGAGGUGGAUUUCAGCUUUAUCUCGGGGAAGGUUGUGUUGUCGCCCGGUGUCACGCUCACCUUCCGUCGGCUAGCCCUACUGAACCUUUUCUCGCGGAUCAAGCCGCAGUACGACUUCUUUGCCACCAGCCCCAAUACCUCUACGAUCGUUUGGCGCCAAGUGGUGGACCACCUAAUCCUCUGCAUGCCGCUCGACUUUGCCGUAAAUGCCUGGUCGGCAGCUCCGAGACCCGCUGACGCUAGCGGUUUGUACGGCGGCCAACAGCAGAGCGUAACCCUCCGUACCUCCCCGCCCUAUUGCAACGAUGGCAUGGGUCGUUGCUUCUCCCCCUUCAUGGAUGCUGCAGACAUGGUCACGUACGGUACGGCAGGUUACCGAAUCGCUUGGUCAGAAGUCGACACAAUUUGCGACGGCUUUGUGACACAGGACUGCAUUGAUUCCUUGGGACCCGACCUCUGCUAUGCAACACGGCUGCAGGAGUUGUUGGCCCAGCGGGCGCUCAUUCAGAAAAACCUAACCAGCGGUAGCAGCAGUAAAAAGGCCGGCCCGACGGCGGUCAUCGCAGGAUGCGUCGUAGCGGGCGUUAUGGCACUGGCAUCAGCGGUUCUCAUCCCAACGUUACUAUUGAGGCGACGUCGACGUCAGCGGCUUGGCCGCCAAGGAGGAAAAGGCGGGGCAGAAGGAGGUCUGUACGGUAAAGGCAACCCACUGGAUCCCCAGCCGCCACCACCACCAUCCCCACCACCACCGCUUUCCUCCGCAACAGGGAACCACUCUUGCUUUAGUACAAAGAACGCACCGCAGGGAGCAAACCCUCAGGCCUUUCCGCCGCUCGGAUUGUCAACCGCUUCUUCCCUGUCGUACCUUUCAACCAACCCCUCCGGAUGCGGCAUCGGGGAUGUGUCCCAGGAGGUGGUGAUGGAGGUAAUCCAGGAGGAGGAAAAGCAGCACCAGCAACAAGAACAGCAACAGCAAGAAAGGCAUGCUACAAUGGCGGCAGUGGCGGCAGCGGUAGGAGCAAAUCAAAGCCUAGCGGGGCCGGCCUUCCCUGGCGGCGGUGGCAGCGGCAGGCUUCGAGUGUACGACAUUCCAGGCCGUCGUUCGUACGACAACGCCGGCGAAGGCAGUGAACGCCGCCGUAUAGUUGCUGCCGGCGGCAGCGGAAAUGGUGUGGAUGAUAGUGGAUCAUUGCUGUACGACAGCAACCCUGGCGGCGGCGGCACUGCUAACGGCAGUCCUCCGCUAGCCUUCCCGGCCCCAGCCGCCCCCAAUGUCAGAGCAUCUGCCGUUGCGUCUUGUGCCGCUGUUGCAAGCACCACUGCAAUUGCCAUGAGCCGCAGCAGCAGCAUCACUGCUUCCAUUAGCGCCCCCCUCACCUCCCUCGUCAAAUCCCUGGCAUUGCGUGCGAGUGCGUUGGGUCGCAGCCGUAGCAGCCAACAGCGCAGCCAAACCGGCAGCAGCUACAAUGACAGCGUAAGCACUCCCAGCCAUACAGCUGCAGGCGUUAUGACGAGUCGUUACACAACCACCAGCAACAACGUUAGCAGCUACGGCCGUCGGUACGGCAGUGCUCGUGACGUGGGCGGCGACACUGGCGGCGUUGUCGCCGCCGCCACUGCUGAUGCCGAAGGCUCGUGUUGCUCCGCGCCUACUGUAGCAAUCGGCAUGGCGGCGGCGGCGGCGCCGUCGCCACACUCGCUUCCUAACCGCCAACUGAACGAGCCCAACUGCCAACCGCAACAUCACAUCGUCUCCCGUGGGUUGGGAGGAAAACCAGGAGCCGAGCAAUUGUACACGUCCCCGGCGGCUGCGGUUAACAGCGACAUGCAAAACAGCGGCAUCGUCAGUCACGGUGACUUUGCGAGCUCAAUGGGCAAUGGCGGUGGCGGCGUCAUUGAGGCUGCGGCAACUGCUACAUCUGCCGUACAACGGCAACAUCAUCAGCAACAGCAACUGCAGCUGCGGCGAGCGCACGAUCGGGAGUCGCUGCUCCUCGACGUCCUCCUCCAUAACAAGGUUUCAGUGAGCGGCGGCGGUGGAAGCAGCGGGGCCGCUAUCACCGCAGCCACUGCUGUCGCAGCUAGCGAUGGUGGUGCUGGGAGGUGUGACGUCAGCGGCAGUGGUGGGAUUGGGUACGGAAGCGGAGAUCUAGAGGGAGCAGCAGCGGUGGCGGCGGCGGUGGCAGCAGUUGGAUCUGAAGUGCUGUUGGGGCCGCUCAUUGGAUCCGGGUCGUACGGCAAGGUCUAUCGGGGCAGCUGGCGGGGGUCUUGUGUGGCGGUGAAGGUGAUCAGCCACAACCGACACAACACACUGGGAAGCAUCGCCAACGAAUUGCGGUUGAGUCUGAGCUUCGAGCACCGGAAUGUCGUACGAGCGAUGUCGUACAUGACGUGCUCGGUGGACGAGGACGGAAAGCCGACGAUUACCGUACAGUCACGUGAUGCGACGACGGCAAUACGGCAACAGGGUGAUGGCUAUGGUAACGACGGUUGUACUGCUGGCGCCGGCGACGACGGUUGUCGUACAAUCAGCACGCUAGCGUACGACAGUGAAGAAGACGACGAAGGGGCUGCUGGCGGCGUCCGCGGUGACGGCAGGGGUGGCGGCGGCGGCGGGGACAUGCUAGCAGCCUUGUACGAUGCUGAUGCGUUGGCGGAAGCGGGGACAGGCGGUGGCGGAGGCAGGAUAAGCCGGGAGCAGCAGCAAGUCAGGGAUGUGGCGGAGACAUGGGUGAUUCAGGAGUUCAUGGGUCGUGGGACGCUGUCUCAGUUCAUUAAGGGCGGAGGAAUGAGGACCCCCGCCUCGGGUCCCAACUCGGCCUCCCGUCGACCACAACCCAUGUCACCCUCAUUCGCUCCUCCUCCACCUCCUCCUCCACCUCCCCCACCUCUGCAACCUCCCAGCAAUGGUCCCGCUACCGCCGCUGCUGCUGCUGCUCCACCCUCCUCAGACUCUCGCCGGCUCCAUCCCAUCCCGCCUAUCCCCCUUCCCACCACCACCUCCACAACCACUUUGGGAGCGAAUUCACCAACCGCCACUCCCCUGGGUUACCCAACCAGCACAACAACUGCCGUCAACGGUAACACUAACGGUAUUUUUAACAACAUCGGCAGCGGCAGAAACGUACUAACUACCGGCGCUAGCAGCAGUACAAUCAACAUGAUGAAUGUCGUACAUUGCGCGCUGGACAUUGCCCGGGGUCUGCAGUACCUGCAUGGGUGCAACGUGUGUCAUGGAGAUCUGAAACCAGGCAACAUCCUCUUGGCGGAAGACCCCGGCAGUCCCUGGGGCUUCGUGGCGAAGUUGGCGGAUUUCGGCCUCUCUCGCGCCCUGGCCGCCGACCGAACCCACCUGACAACCAAAACCCUUGGAACGGUGUCGUACAUGUGCCCCGUGGUCCUCAGCACAGGCCGCGUGAGCCCCGCCUCGUGUGUGUAUUCGUACGGCAUCAUCCUCUGGGAGCUGGUUUCGGGGCGGCCGCCGUACGCAGGAUGCAUGCCAGGCCUCAUCAUCAAGCGUGUCUUGUUGGAGGACCAGCGGCCCGACUUCAACUUUGACGACGUUGUGAAGGCUAGCGGGGGCGGGGACGUUGGGGGUGCACAGCCCCUGCCCGAGUGGUACGGCAAUUUGGCUCGACGUUGCUGGCAUCGUGACCCCGUGGAGAGACCCAGCAUGGCGGAGGUGGUUUCGGAGCUCGAGCUUCGAGCGGUGCAGCUCACCACCCUGGGGUUGAGCUGAGGAGCUGACGAGAUCCGUUGCUGCUAUUUAUGAUGCUGCCUCUGUUGCUGCUGCAGCAGCUGCUGUUGAUGCUGUUGAUGCUGGACAGGUUGUUCUGCCGGACUACGACAGCUGUUAAAGCGGCGUUGGGCGUGUUAGGAGCGAAGGAUCCUUGCUGGCUAGGGCUGCAGUGCAAUGGAUGAUGAUGGCUAGGGGGCAGAGAUGCAUGUGAUAAGGAGAGAGGUCGGGGAUCUGGAUCGUGCAUGGCGCCAGACGACACACGGUUGGUGGCAAAGACAUGUUUAAGCUUUUGCGGCUCGUCUUUAACGGUUUAUUUUACGGCUAACAUGCGGCGGCUGGCAGAUUUCGGACGAGGUGAACGAUCGAAUGCGCGCGUGCAUCCUCGUGCUUGUGUGGGCAGGUGGGUAGGUGAACACAAAUUGCCAUGCAAAGCUGCAACAUUCAGUAACCAUUAGGAUAAAUAUGAUGCUGGCGUUUUGUUGGUUAGGAAGUAUUAUGAUUCGAUAACGGUGAAUCCGGGCAUGCGCAUAACGUUAGGCACACAAUCAUAGCCAGCCAAGUUUUAACUGCACGCUCUCCAGCUGAUUUGUUGCUCUGUUAGUAUUGCGCGCAUCUAUUAUAUUUUUUAUGUCCACACUACUCGCUUGCGUUUGUUACAACCUUUGCUUCUUGCAUGGAGUUACAUGGAAGGAAUGGAGGAGGUAAUCAGCAAUACAGCAGCUGGCGGCACAUUGACCCAUGGGUCCUUGGCCCUUGACGUCGUUAGAGACCCUGGCAAUGGUGGUCGAUGCAGUAACGGAGGUGGAAACGCGUUGGGUCCGUCCAGCGGUCUCAAUACUACCGGUAAUCACGAGGCAAUGUCAGGGUGGCAUGGCAGUGGUAACGCCAACACAAUGAAUUUCCCUGGUGUAUGUACAGUAGGGUUGUGGGCUUGUAGCCCUAGUAGGGCUUUCGAUGCUUUAUGCGAGCCUGGUUUCUGUUGAGGUUUGGGGUUUUAGUAGGUGUCUUGAAAAAACGCUAAACCAGUUUUUGGUACGCCCCAGUAUCUGUGUUGCAUCUGCACGUGGGAUGCGGUCGAAGGGCGGUGAGAUGUAUGUGCGGCUAGAAUGCACGUGUGCCCUCUUCUGAUUGAAUACAUCACGUUUGAUGUGUUCAAGACCCUUAAAGACAUAUACGCAAAGCCAAUGCAUACAAUUGGCGCUGACCGAAACAUUGUCAAUGACCAAUGCCAA